GGAACAUUUAACGCAACAUAUUUCCUGUUCGAAAGAUAGCUACACCGUCAGUUCAAGUCUAAUGCAGUUUAAUGUAUUUUAUGUUCAGGUAUUUCCUAUACACUCUGUUUGAAACGUGUUUCCUGAGCUAUGGCACGAUAGAAAGCUCCCCAACGAUGUUUUGGGAAUAUUUCGACGUGGCUCGACGACUCAGACGUUCAGCGGACUGUACGAGCGAGUGAGAGACAUGGACAACUCUGUCACCCUGUGGCAGUUCCUGCUCCAGCUCCUAUUGGAUUCCAGUAACGGGCAGCUAAUCUGCUGGACCAAUGAGGAGGGGGAGUUUAAACUGCUGCAGGCGGAGGAGGUGGCCCGGCUGUGGGGAGCCCGCAAGAACAAGCCCAAUAUGAACUAUGACAAACUCAGCAGGGCUCUCAGAUACUACUACGACAAGAACAUCAUAAAGAAGGUGAAUGGCCAGAAGUUCGUCUAUCGCUUUGUGUCCUAUCCUGACAUCCUGAAAGGAGACGUUGCUAGCCGAACCGAGGGCGGGGAUGUGGGUGCUGGGGGCACCCCUCACCUAUUAACUAGGGGAGACAGCACCUCACAGGAGGGCGAGUCUGUUGACCGCAGUAUCACAGCAGCUCUGGGCUCCAGCACCAAGCAGUCAAACCGUAAUGACUAUAUCCACUCCGGCCUGUACACCUCCUUUACCCUCAACUCGCUUCAAAAUGGACGCCAGCUCUUCAAGUCCAUCAAAAUAGAGAACCCAGCAGAGAAGCUGGCUGACAAGAGAAGCCUCACUGCCACAGCACAGAGCCAGGAGCAGGCGCCUAAGCCACAGCAGCCAGCGGCUUUGCCAUCAGUCAUCAAGUUUGGAAACACCCCUCCAAAGCCAGCACUUACUGCUCAGGUUGCCGUGGAGCCGACCCUGAUGUCCGACCAAUUGUCCGAAGACAUCAGCACACAGUCCUCCCUGCCGUCCCAGUCCGUCUACUCGUUUGAACACACACGCCAAUCAGAACCAACGUUCAGCCUACCAGACGUGACCUCGGCCACCCCGAGCCGAAUGCCUGACUCCUCCCAGGAGCUGGUGAUCGACAGCGACAUCGAGUCCGGAUCUUCUCAGCCCGCAGACGCUCAGGCACAGGAGAAGGUGGAUACUGGCAUGGGUUUGUCUGGAGAUGAAACCAGUUUUGUGGACGCUGAAACCAGUUCAUCCUCACUGAGCAGCAGCAACACGGUCGGCCUUCUGUGCUCAGGCAAGACACGCAAGCCACCAAAAGUCCUGCAGAUCAGCCCGCCCACUCUGCUGGUCACCACCUCUGACUUCUCCCCCAUGAACCUGUGCAGCCCCUCUCUCCCUACUGCCUCUCUCACACCAGCAAUGCUACAGACUCCUCUGUUGCUGACUCCUAGUCCUCUGCUGUCCAACAUCCACUUCUGGAGCACGCUCAGUCCGGUCGCCCCCCUCAGCCCAGCCACACGGCGCCAGGGAGCCCACCUGUUCCAGUUCCCCUCGGUCCUCACCCCUCAUUUCCAGAUCCCUGUACACAGUAUGGAUGGGACCAACACCCCCGGCCCCAUUUCCCCAGACCCUCAGAAGACAUAGGAUUAACACC